UUCAUGGAUCAGAUUGUUUUUCAACAUGAUACCGUGCUGUCGGAUGUCCACAUGCACCAAGUGGCUGGACGCCACCUCAUGACACGCCUCGACGCUGUCGGAACGCCUGCUGUCUUGAUCUAUCCAGUCUUCAUGUCCAGAUUUAAAAUCUUGGCAGAAAGGCAUGACGACGGCGACCCCGGGAAAGAAUCCGCUGAAAACAUCACAGCUUCCGGUGAGGAAAAAAAGAAAGAAGGAAGGGAAAAAUGCCUGGAGCCCGCUUUGGAUGAGGAUGGAGACCUCGAAAUCGCACGUCGACCGCGAACAACCCCAAGGGCCGACAGCGGCCGAGAGCUGAUCUGUCCGGUCAUUCUCCAUCAAUCCGGCCCUUUUCUGGAACAAGAAGAGGAGAAUUUAGGAGAUGAAGAUUGCUCUAAAGACAUUAUAAGGAUUGAGCACACAAUGGCUACACCCCUGGAGGAUGUGGGCAAACAGGUGUGGCGGGGCGCGCUCCUCCUGGCCGACUUCAUCCUCUCGCACCUGGAGCUGUUCAGAGGGGCCACGGCGCUCGAGCUGGGAGCGGGAACGGGCUUAGCCAGCAUCGUCAUGGCGACCACAGCCAAAACCGUCUACUGCACAGAUGUGGGCGACGACCUGCUAAGCUUGUGCAAAAGAAACGUAGCACUGAAUAAACACAUAACCGAGCCCUCAGGUGGGGAGGUGAGAGUGAGACAGCUAGACUGGCUCCAGCACAGCCUCAGCACAGAUGCUGAAACAGAGUUUAGCUGGACAGAAGACGAAAUAGCUGAUCUGUAUGACAACACUAGCUUCAUUUUUGCUGCUGACGUUUGCUAUGACGACGACCUGACAGACGGCUUUUUCCGGACACUGUACCGCCUCUGCAGCGGGAUCUCCCACACCUGCACCAUCUUCAUAUCCAUAGAGAAAAGGAUGAACUUCACCCUGCGCCACAUGGACGUGUCCUGCGAGUCCUACAUCCAUUUCAGCCACUGCCUGUCCCAGCUCCAGGACCUGGGGGGGGGAGGGGGCAGCUUUAGGGUGGAAAAGAUCCCCUGUGACUUUGCUCAGUUUCUGCUGUACGAGCGCAUCGAGCAGCUGGAGCUUUGGAAGGUGACCGCCGCUCCACUUCUGUCCGAGCAAGCGUCCGGCUCCGAGCCUCUCCCCUCCUGA